AUGCGCGCUCAUCAUCACUUGCGACGAAUGCUUCAACUUUCUCAACAUGUAUUCCCAGAGAGAGAUGAUGAUAUGUAUGACAUGACAAAAUGUAGUAGCUCAUGGCUGGAACGUUAUGAAACAUCGGGACGAGUGUUGGAGUCUCAUCAUUAUGUCGGAACAACUCUUGGACAACAACAUAUCAUCAAUGGAAAUCAGACAAGUCAUUCGGAGAAUGAUUCCAAUGUUGUUUUUACCGAUUUUAAUCAAGAAAAUCAUUGUCUUAGAAUUACACUCAAUCGACCUAAAAGUUUUAAUGCUCUCUCAUUAACCAUGAUUAGAAAAUUAACCAAAAUUUUGGAACAAGCUCUCGAAGAUUCAAAUGUACAUUUUGUCAUGUUAUCUAGUUCGAAUGAAAAGGCAUUUUGUGCAGGAGGAGACAUUAAGGAUUUGAGAAAGGGAAUUGCCAAAGUAUUUUUCACAGAAGAGUUUGCACUCAAUCAUUUUAUUUAUGAAUUUUGUAAAAAGAAACCAAUAGUAUCCAUGUUAAAUGGAAUUACAAUGGGAGGAGGAGUUGGAAUAAGUAUCAGUACAAAUUUAAGAGUUGCCAAUGAGCAGAGAUAUGUAUUUGCAAUGCCAGAGGUUUUUAUUGGGCUCUAUCCAGAUAUUGGAGCUUCAUGGUUUUUAACACAAUCUUGUCCUAACAUGGCCAUUGCAAGAUAUAUUGGAUUAACUGGAGAGAAACUUAAAGCCCAUGAUGCUCUCUAUUGUAAACUUGUGACACAUAUUAUUGAUAAGGAAGAACAUUUCAAAAAAUUAGCGCAUGACAUUUAUACUGUAUUCAAGUCAUCUUCGACGAAUGGAGAUUUUACUACCGUGCUGAAAGAAUUGACACAAUUCAUUUCCAAAUAUGAGAAAGAAGCACGAAGUUCAAAUGUUAAAUUUGGCAUUCUUGAUCGAUAUCGAAGAGUAAUUGAUUAUUGUUUUGGAGAGGAGAAUGCAAAGAGCGUCAAAGAUGUCUUUAGAAAUUUGAGGCUUUAUAUAGAGCAGCACCCUUCUCGUUGUGAUGCUGACAUUGUUUUUAUUCAAUCAAUUCUUGAACUAUUUGAGAAGAGAGCAUCUCCAACAUCUCUAUUGGUAACGUUUGAAGCCUUGAAUCGUGGUAAAAAGUCAAACUCUUUGAAACAAGUAUUGGACAUGGAUAAAAUUUUAUGCACACAUCUCACUGUGAGACAUGAUUUUCUUGAGGGAGUGCGGGCGGUACUUAUUGACCGUGAUCAGAAGCCAAAAUUCAAACCAGCUACUCUUGAGGAGAUUGAUGAAAUGGCACUUGUUCAAGAAGUGUUUUCUGAGAAACAGUAG